AUGCCUUCAGGAACCGGCAAGACGGUCUCCUUGCUCUCACUCAUCGUCGCAUACCAGCAGCAUUAUCCUGAGCACCGGAAGCUGAUAUACUGCUCUCGUACCAUGUCAGAAAUCGAAAAGGCUCUCGCCGAGUUAAGGGAACUCAUGAAGUACCGGACUGAGCAGCUCGGACAAGAGGAAGAGUUCCGUGGACUCGGCUUGACAAGUAGAAAAAACUUAUGCCUGCAUCCGUCCGUGAAGCGGGAGAAAAGUGGUUCGGUUGUUGAUGCGCGUUGUCGUAGCCUCACUGCUGGUUUCGUGAAGGAGAAGAAGGACAAAGGCGAAAACGUUGACGUGUGCGUGUAUCACGACAAUCUCGAUCUCCUUGAGCCCCACAAUCUCAUCCCGAACGGCGUCUGGACCUUCGACGGUCUCCUUCGCUACGGUGAACAACACAAACAGUGCCCAUAUUUCACCUCCAGGCGCAUGAUGCAAUACUGCAACGUCAUCAUCUAUUCCUAUCAUUACCUUCUCGACCCCAAGAUUGCCGAGAGAGUCUCGCGAGAGCUGUCCAAAGAUUGCAUCGUAGUUUUCGAUGAAGCGCAUAACAUCGACAAUGUGUGCAUCGAGUCACUGAGCACAGACAUCACCGAGGAUUCUCUGCGCAAGGCGGCGAGGGGAGCGCAAAACCUGGAUCGUAAGAUUGCGGAGAUGAAGCAAACUGAUCAAGAGCAGCUUCAGAACGAAUACCUAAAGCUUGUAGAAGGCCUGCGUGAUGCAGGAGAGGCUCGCCAAGAGGACGCAUUCAUGUCCAACCCAGCACGGUUGACAGAUGGAAAAGCACUACCAGACGACCUACUCAACGAAGCUGUCCCUGGAAAUAUUCGUAGGGCGGAACACUUUGUUGCCUUCUUGAAGAGGUUCAUUGAGUAUCUGAAAACUCGCAUGAAAGUCAGGAACACCAUCUCCGAAACACCCCCGUCCUUCCUUGCCCACCUCAAAGAAUUCACCUUUAUUGAGAAAAAGCCACUGAAGUUCUGUGCCGAGCGUCUCACGUCUUUGGUCAGAACACUCGAACUCACCAACAUUGAAGAUUAUCAGCCACUCCAAGAAGUUGCAACUUUUGCUACAUUGGUUGCCACCUAUGAAAAAGGCUUUCUUCUAAUUCUAGAGCCAUUUGAGUCAGAAGCAGCCGAGGUGCCGAAUCCCGUGCUACACUUCACCUGCCUCGAUGCAGCUAUCGCUAUCAAACCCGUGUUUGACAGAUUCUCUUCCGUCAUCAUCACUUCCGGUACCAUUUCUCCAUUGGAAAUGUACCCCAAAAUGCUGGGCUUCUCGACUGUUGUUCAGGAGUCUUACAGUAUGACCCUAGCCAGGCGAUCCUUCCUGCCGAUGAUUGUCACAAGAGGUAGCGAUCAAGCUUCUGUCUCAACCAGCUUUCAAGUCAGAAAUGAGCCGAGCGUGGUCCGCAACUACGGCAGCCUCCUGACAGAAUUCGCCAAAAUCACACCGGAUGGCAUGGUUGUUUUCUUCCCCUCCUACUUGUACAUGGAAUCCAUCAUAAGCAUGUGGCAGGGCAUGGGUAUUCUGGACGAGGUCUGGAAGUACAAAUUAAUCCUCGUCGAGACGCCUGACGCACAAGAGACCUCGCUGGCGCUGGAAACCUAUAGAACCGCCUGCUGCAACGGCCGAGGCGCUGUACUUCUUUGCGUCGCCCGAGGCAAGGUGUCUGAAGGUAUAGACUUCGAUCAUCAAUACGGCCGGGCCGUGUUAAACAUUGGUGUUCCAUUCCAAUAUACCGAGUCCCGAAUCCUCAAAGCAAGACUCGAGUUCUUGCGAGAAACAUACCGCAUCCGCGAGAAUGAUUUCCUCUCAUUCGAUGCCAUGCGUCACGCCGCCCAAUGUUUGGGCCGAGUUCUCCGCGGGAAGGAUGAUUACGGCGUCAUGGUCCUUGCUGAUCGUCGGUUCCAGAAGAAGCGCGUUCAGCUACCCAAAUGGAUCAAUCAGGGAUUGCUUGAUGCAGACACAAAUCUCAGCACAGACAUGGCCGUUAGUAGCGCACGGCGCUUUCUCAAGCAGAUGGCGCAACCGUUCCGAGCCAAGGACCAAGAAGGCGUCAGCACUUGGAGCUACGAAGACCUGAUGAGACACAAGGAGAAGACUGAAAUGGAUCGAAUCAGGGACCUUGAGGACGCGGCGAACAAAAAUGAACAGACACAAGAAUUUGGCGGCGACGACUAUGGUAUGGACGAUGACCUGGACCAGGACCUCAUGGAGAUAGACGGAUUCUAG